AUGACUUCCACAGCAACCUCGAAUACUGUUGUUCCCUUCGAAGAGCCGGUAGAUGCAACCAAGGGCAAGCCUGAUGUCUUCCGUGUCGAUUUCAGCAACUACAUGAGCACUCAGGACCUCAUUGCAGAGAUUGACAAGAAGCAGCUGAUCGACCCCAAGACUCACACUCGCGCGACCGAUUUCGUCAACGGAGUGGUCAAGGAUGAGAAGAUACAAGACGUAGCUGGGCCCAAAGGGAUGGGGGUGCUCAAGACUGCAAGUUUUCCCCACGACUACGCUGAAGAAAGGAUCAAACGAGCGACUGGCACGCAGAUGACUGCUUAUCAAGUUCAUCAGCACUUCGCGUCUCCGCAAUUUGUUGCGAUCGACAAAAUUAUCAAGGAGAACAAGGAAACAAUUCUCCACAUGUUCCCCACGAUCGCGUACAUCGGCUUUCCUUCCAAUAAUCAGACAAUGACUGGGCCAGGGUUGAUUAUCCUUACCAACAAAAGAGUUUACAUGUAUUGCCACGAAGAUCGAACAGCAGCUUCUGGAAGCGAGAACAUGUUCGGAACAACUUGCUGGCCACGGCUGCUGUGUUGCUGCAUUCCCGGUGGGUGCGCUUUCUGUCCAUGCUGCAAGGUGAACAACGGAGAGUACGUACACGUGGCUACUCGUGAAACAGAGGAUAUCUUUGCUGUUGUGGGCAUAGAGGACAUUCUUCCAAACAGUUUUUCUUUUGACAGGGCAGAGAGUACAAAACUGCAGAGGAAGUUCAGGUUCUGUUGCUAUCACGGAUACAGCUCGUUCAAAUACGACUUUGGUUUUCAUGAUUUCAAACGAGUGGAGCCGUACGUGAUCAGGGAGUUCACCAAGGGCGAUGACAGCGAAUGGUCCCUUGAGGAGCUGCAGGAGCUUGAAGAAGCGCUCAUGAUCCUCGAGUCAGGACUAGAGCACACGUGGCGAGAUGGUUCAAAGACCAAAGGUGACACGCCUGAUGCAUGGAAGCAUAUGUGUCAAAGUAAGCGCGAAGAGCUGAAAAAAGGAUUCCGGACAUACCAGAACUGCCGUGUCGCAGCGUAUCGCGGAAUCAACUUCAAGUACCUGGAUCGAGCCAAGAACAAAGCCUUGACGACGACGGCGAUUGUGGACCAUUCAGUCUGUAAUGUCGAGGAGCUCUGCAAGUUCACGAUUUCAGCAAACUCGAUGGAAAACCUGGCGAAAGACGUCAAGAUGCUCAAGAACUCGAUGAACGGUUACGAAAACAACGGCAGCAGCCUCGUGAGAGAUGCCGUCCUCGACACGCCGUCCCUUGGCUCGCUCUUAGCCUCUCCCGGACAGCUGGCAAAGUUGGCGAAGAAGUAUCUGGUGUGCUGCAAUGAAGACUACUGCUUCGAGUUCUGCUGCGGAAAGCUCAUGCUGGCAUGCCCAAGAUGCAGGCCAUUGUGUUGGUGCUGGUUCUGA